AAAAUAGGGUUUAACGAUGGAAAUGAAUCGAAUCUUUAACUGAAGACGAUAAAGAAGACGAAUCAGCUCGCCGCCGGCGAUCAAUCUCCCUCCCAACUUUACAAUGGUUUCCUUGUACACCUGGUUCCGCUACAUAGCUAACAAGCUCGAAUACUCCGUUUCCCUCACCGCCAAGGGCUAUAGACGAGGUCAAAUUGCCAAUACUGAGUUUGGUGACUCAAUAUGGAGAAAUUUAUUACAAGGAAGGUUGACCCACCUACACUGGAUCAAAGGGGGAGAGGAAAUGGCACCCACAAUACAAGGGCAGGGAGAAACCCUUUUGAUCCGGAAGAUACCAAUCCCAAAUCCAACGCAUGUUUUUGUGGGGGAUGUGGUGUUGUUAAAGGAUCCUGACAACUCUGAAAACUAUCUUGUUCGAAGAUUGGCUGCCAUUGAAGGGAAUGAAAUGGUAUCGACAGAUGAAAAGGAUGAGCCAUUUGUAUUGGAGAAAGAUGAGUGUUGGGUAUUGUCUGAUAAUGAAGCAUUGAAGUCCAAGGAAGCUAAAGACAGUAGGACAUACGGUCCCAUGUCCAUGACAGACAUAGUUGGUAGAGUAGUGUAUUGUUUGAGAACCGCCGUCGAUCAUGGUCCAGUGGAGAACAGUCAGUUCAGCUUGCGAAGGGAUCUGCCUGUGCUGGAAGUUGAGCUUGAUGUUGACGAGAUGGCAAGGAAUCAAAAGACGUAAUUGUGAUUAUGAGUUUUAUUGCUAAGAGAGAAUUUGUUUGAGUUGGGUUCAAUUGGUUUGCAUGCAUCCUUUCUAAUUUCUCUAGCCAAACCUACUGGACAAAAGAAAAGA